AUGUCUGGCCCCUCUGAUAGUGGCUCUGGGCCCUCACUCUCACAAUUCACCAGAAUGGAGAGCCCAGUGAAAUCUUCUCCCACUUUGACGGAGCAAGAGGACCCAAGAACUUCUCUAUCGACUAAUAAUAAGGAGCAAGAGAAAGGUCCUGAUGUGUUCGAUCGACGGGGCUCUGCGGACUCGAGCACUGCCGGUGAUGGGCAAGCAGACGAAGGGUUUGUGCUUUCACGGAGCUUGCAAGAUCCUCAAGAGGAGCUGCCGAUUGAAUUGAUCAGCUUGGCAGAUCGGUUCGUCAACUCCUUGAGUGCCAAAGUCCACAAUUCGCCUCCUACGAUCGAUAAGAUUUCCGAACUUUUUCAGGUAUUCUACAGUCGUGCGGAGUCUCACAUAGCCACUCAUAUUUCCGCCCUCAUAUCUCGCAUCAACCGAGACCUGUCACCUCAGGUCCCCACAAAACCCCCGCGGGGAAGUGCGCUGUCAAAACUGAGCAGCAAACGCUCCCAGGAUGAUGUCAGACCGGCAGCGUCAGGUCGCCAAAUGAUGACUGCAUCAGAAGUAGCUGAAAAGCGAAAGGCUCGUAGGGUUCUGGAAAACAAACGAGGCGCCUUGGAAGAAGCUGCCGAACGAAGAGUUUGCGAGAUCGUAUAUGACAAGCUCUGGAGACAUAAGAGUACAUUGGAUGAUGUUCGAGACGAAAAGCUGCGAUCUAAGACCGCAGCUCUGCUGCUGGUCGGCAUUAACUUGAAAGAUCUCGGAAUCGACCUGGAUUUUGAUUUAAUCGAUGAGCAGAAGCAGGAUGAGGCAAAUGAGUUCCUUGCCCAGGCUAGAGAUUGUCUUGCAAAGAUGAACGACUACAAGUAUCCUCUUGGAAAGCUUCAGCAGCUUGCCGCAGCUCAUAAGGCCAUCGUCGAUGCCCUUACUAAACUUUUGCCAUCUUCCUCUUCUGCAGAUGAGAUCCUACCGACGCUCAUUUAUUCACUCGUCACUUGCCCACCAGAAGGAAUUAACAUAGUCAGCAACCUUGUCUUCAUUCAGAGGUUCAGAUCUUCGAGUAAAAUUGAUGGAGAAACUGCUUACUGCUUGACCAAUCUCGAGGCAGCAAUUAGUUUCCUCGAAAACGUUGAUCUUUCAACAUUGCGAGCCGAUGAGCUUCAGGAUGGGCCUGUCAAGACUCCGAGUACGACAACGACGCCAUCAUCUGAACAUGCUGAUCCUUUCCGGCCACCCAGAGAAGUUACAACUUCUUCGAUCACGACCGUGUCAGCUUCACCGGAGCUGUCAAAGCCAGAAAACAAGGAACCGAUCUCUUCAACGUUACCAAAGCCGCGGCCUUCCCCGACACCACAACAACGCCGCCUGAGCAACCUUUUCCAGCCUCCAUCCAAGGUAUUAGGUGCCGCGAAUGACGCUGUUCGCACCACUGCCGACCAAGGCUUGAAGAACAUUGGCGCCACUUUGGAUAGCAGCUUUAACUUCCUGUUUGGCCGUCUCAAGGAAAUGCAAUCCGGACCGCAAGGAACGGGCACAGAGUUACCAAAAACCUUGGCUGAAGCUCGCCGUCUAGUCACUAUGCCGCCUGUUUCCGCCGAGAACCAAGACUUGACUCAGGACGAGAUUGCAGCGAUCAACUCCGUAUCCAUAGAUGAUAGCACACCCCCACGCAGCAGUUCACGUCUCACCGGACUUUCCAGUGGGGGUCCUGCCUCUCGUGAUCGAAGUGCAGACAGCACCAGGACCCAAACGAGCAGCAAGAAGUCCAUCGCCACAUCAAUUCGAGAAGAACUUGCAUCAAACUCUGCCAUCAGUCCUACUCCCCUCGAAUCAAUGCGGAAUUUCGGUAACACCCUCAACCCUUUGAACCACAUUCCAGGCAUGAUGAAAAAUUUUGGCCGCGCACCUGAGACUCCUGGUGCCCGAUCCGUUUCACCAUCCGGGCUUGACCGAUUCAAACCAUCACCUGCCUCGGUUGACAGCACCAGCGUUGCAGUCAGCCCUCUCCCCACUCCGUCACUGAAAGUGGAUCCUCCGAUCCAACGCUUCCUUGAGACACAGGAUGCGAGCGAUCUUCGAGUUGGAGAUGUGGUCGUUUUGCUAGAAGACUAUAAAAGACUAGCAGCUGCUCUAUCCAAACCAGCCUAG